AGGAAAAAUAGGCAUGAGCCAGGAUGGAGGUGGAGCACUUAUUUAAACACAGCAUCACAGCAGCUCUGAGCUCAGAACCAGAAAGUUCUCUGACUGAGAUGCAUCACCUGUAUUCUGAUAUAUUAAACACAGAUGAAAGGAUUACAUCGCUGACAAUGGACUUUGACAAGACUCACAGAUCAAUGUUCUCCUUUAUCCUCCUCUUUUUAAUGUUAUCUCAUUGGACCCCAGUAGCAGGCUGGUCCUACCAUUACUCUAACACCACCAUGAACUGGAAUACUGCUCGUCAGUGGUGUAGGGACCGCUUCACGGACAUGGUGGCCAUCCAGAACCACGGCGAAAUCGACCACCUCAACACCAUCCUUCCCCGAGUAAGCGGAUACUACUGGAUCGGCCUCCGCAAGAUCAACAACAGCUGGACCUGGGUGGGCACUAACAAGAAGCUGACGGAAGAGGCCAAGAACUGGGCCAAAGGGGAGCCCAAUAACGGACGGAACAACGAAGACUGUGUGGAGAUCUACAUUAAGAGGGAAAAGGAUGAGGGCAAAUGGAACGAUGAGUCCUGCAGAAAGAGGAAGACUGCACUUUGCUACACUGCAUCCUGCAAGAAAGACUCUUGCAGCCACCAUGGAGAAUGUGUGGAGACCAUCAACAACCACACGUGUGAAUGCUUUGAGGGCUUCUAUGGAGAAGAGUGUGAGCACGUUGUGAAAUGCCAAGCAGAGGAAAUAUCUGCUCCUGAUCACGGCAGCGUCUACUGCAUCCAACCUAAUGGCAAUUUCUCGUACGAUUCUCAGUGCGAGUACACCUGCAAUGAGGGCUACCAGGUCGUCGGCUCACAAACAACACGGUGCGAAGCCUCAGCAGCUUGGUCAACCAAACCACCGACCUGUGAACUCGUCCAGUGCUCUGAUCUGACUGAGCCUCUUCAUGGCACCAUGCAGUGUGAUCAUCUGCUUGGAAGCUUCAGCUAUCAGUCCUCCUGUGAGUUUAGCUGUGAGGAAGGAUACACACUAACAGGCUCAAGCUCCAGCAAGCUGAUGUGUGAAGCCAGUGGGCACUGGAACGAUUUUCAGCCCAUCUGCACAGCUGUUCACUGCUCAACUCUUGAGGACCCUGCAAACGGCAGAAUCAUCUGCAGUGGUGAAAGUUUUGCCAGCAGCUGCAACUUCAGCUGUAAUGAUGGGUUCCACCUUCAUGGGGCGCCAGAAAUUACCUGCACUGAGUCUGCAGAGUGGAGCCAGGAGAAACCUGACUGUGAAGCAGUGACAUGUCCGUACCUCCAGAAGCCGGACAAUGGCCUCAUGAACUGUUCCUCUGAGGAGGCCACCGUCGGGACUUCCUGUUCCUUCAGCUGUUUAGAUGGCUACAUUCUUCUCGGCGAUGAGGUGGUGACGUGUAACUUCACCGGCGACUGGUCUGGAGCAGCAGCUGAGUGUCAAGCUCCUCCUGAGCCCCAGUUGAGCCCACCCUUGGUGACCGGCCUGACCGUAGCAGGAGGUGUUAGUUUGUCCAGCCUCGCUCUGGCUCUCUGCAUAAUGAAGAAACUCAGGCAGAAAGCUGAAAAGUUUGACCUAAGUAAAUCAGACAUUGACAUGCCUCCCCAGGUAUACAAGAGCAUCGACAGUCUAAUAUAGAGAAACAUGACUACAUACUGUCUCUAAAGGGCUCUACCUGCAUUGACCUGGUCAGUCCUGCGUGGACGUUCCUCUUCAGAGUGAAUGAAGAAAUGAACAACAGAGUGAACACAUUGAGGUUGAUCCUUGAUCCUCUGUACUACAUUUGAAUGAUUGGACUGGACAGGACGUCACUGAUUAUUUAAAAUUCUUCUUCCUAAUGGAAGUUUUUCUUAAUGUAUUGAACAUAUUGUUCUGUGUUGUUUGCAGACUUUUGAAUCUUGAAAAUAGAUGUGUGAUAUUGUCUGUAUUUUAAAAUUUUGUAUUUAAGACUUUUAUGUUUCUGAAUAGAUUUUCUACAAUUUA